CACCUUUGGAAAGGGAACGAAAAUUGUUGUGUAGAACUGUCAGUUGUUUUAGCGCCCUGGUGCAGUUUGCGCGCGAAAAGCGAAAGGUUCGCCAUAGGAAAGAAGCGUGCGUUCAAAAACGUGUGUGAAGUUUUAAUUAUUUAUUUAAAUAAUUGUACGCUCGUGUUAUUUUUUUAUUUGUACUAAGUGAUAAGAACAACAGCUGUAGCCCGUGUCAUGUGGCUCGGUGUGUUGAUUACGCUUAGUAUAUGGAACUACGCGCACACACAUCAGGGGAACCCAAUUCAAAAUGGCGCGCAUUGGGGCUGGGAUAUGCGGACGAGUGGGCCGCAAACCGUGGGACAUUAUUACGUCAAAUUGCCUGAGUCAGACCAGCAUGUAAGGUAUAUAGCAGACGGCAGCGGGUACCACGGCGCAGUUAGUGUGUCGACUAAUGGACACCAACACUCGCAUUCGUCAAAUUUCGCUUUGGGCCAGAGAGCUAUUGAUUUGGAUAGACAGAUACCUUCCCAAGCAUACAGUUCCAAGAUCCCCAACGAAACACAAGAAACAAGUGCUACAUCGGACCUCAGAGCUCAGAAUCCACUCGAGAUAUUUCUUCUCCAAACUCAAUUUCCAGCCCCGAGCCUACAAUCCAAUCAAGUUUUCCAAUUAAUUCCAGAACAACUGCAGAAUGUACAAUAUCCGAAUUUCUUCUACAACGAACUACCCAAAUCGGAAAUCUUCAAUUUCCGCGUGGAACACAAUUCGAAUGAUAAUGUUCCAAAUACAAAUUAUCAAAUAAACGAAAAUAGAAAUACGGAAAAUACCAAAUUCAAUACAGAAUCGAACAAACAAAAUAUCGAAGUAGUACAAGUAUUUAAAAACCACAAUUGCACGAACAACGAUGAAACAAGUAAUAAUAAAGUACACGAAUCCAACGAUUACUUCGAAUUUCCCAACAAUCACCUCAAUACAGGACUUGGAGACUUUGGUGCUAAGGAAAAAACGCCUUUAUCCUAUCGCGGUACGGUUCACUUUCAAGUGGAUCCGCCAACAACAAAUGAAAGAAACGAAAGAUUAAUUUAUUCAACUCUAUCCGACUCAACAACAUCAAGACCAGUGACAUUUACUGAGGAGGAAGGAAUAUCUCGCUUAGUCGCUUCUACACAAGACUUAAUAUCGAACGAAGACCUUUUGAAAAUAAAUCAUGCUGUGGAAAGAUCAGUGUAUUCGUUAAAUGAUGAUUUAAUUAAGCCCCGUCAAAGAUACAGUGCUCGCUCACAAGGUUACUUCGAUUCCAAAAGAAUCACACCACACAAUCUACAUUCGGUUUCCACAAAGUUCGGAAAUAUCGUUAAUACAAAGACACAACACGAUAAUAACGUACAACAAAAUCAUAUAAUCGAUGAAUAUAAAUUCAAUUCUCCAAUCAUUGUGGAGGAGUCGAACAACGAAAGUUUCAAAGACAAAGCUAUUAAUAAUUUUAUUUCCACAAUGGUACCGUAUAUCGAAAACGGAUAUGAAUUAGUCGCUGUGAAAAACAGUUUAGAUGAAAAUAACUCCAAUAAUAACGAAGAAAAUCUGGUCAAUAUAACUCCACGGCCAAUCAGCCAGAACUAUUUAACACCGAUAACAGUAGCUCUGCGACUUCUUAAUAACGAUACAAGUGAUCAUCAGGAAGACCACGAAAUUUCGGAAAGUGAAAACGUACCCAAAACUGUUAUUCCUAAGAAAGAGCGAACUAUUAUAGAAAUACAACAAUCGAUUCCCUUGGAAAUAACACAUAUAAAUGACGUAGAAUAUCACGAAUAUAUGGAAGACGGCAGAAUUAAUAACAGACGACCCCCAAACUAUGCAAAGGCAUUAUACGAACAGUAUAUGCAAUCGAUCCAAGCAAACGAUGACAGAAAUCAGCCUGAUCAACAAAAUAAACACAACUCUCAAGGAAAUAACGCGCAAUCUAACGAUAACGACGGAGCUGGUAAUGCAUAUACUGAAGUUAUUGUAAAACCAAAUGACGCAAACCUGAGAAACUCGUACGAAUCUCAUCAAAAUUACAAGAACAACGAUAAAGUGCUACAACCAAUUAUCAUAGAAAAGGAGGUUCCAGUAACAAAAUACGUCGACAGAUAUAUAGAGAAGAAAGUGCCUUAUCCAGAACCAGUGGAAGUGGUCAAGCAAGUGCCGGUCGAUCGACCCGUGCCGUAUCCAGUGCGAUACGAUACAAUCGUGGAAAAACCCGUAGAAGUUACUAGAUACGUCGACAAACCGUACCCCGUUGAAGUGUUAAAGCCGUAUCCAGUAGAAGUACGCGUACCGUAUCCAGUAGAACACAAGGUUUAUGUAGAUAGACCAGUUCAUGUGCCCUACGCGGUGGAAAAGGUUGUUGAAAAAAACGUUAUACACCCAAUAGCUGUUCCCACUCCCAUAGCUGUCCCAGUUCCAGUCGAACAUAAAGUCCUCUACCCGAUCCCUGUCGAAAAACACAUUCACAUACCAGUGCCAGUGGAAAAACCUGUCGAGAAAAUCGUUCACAAAGAAGUCCCUGUGCCCUACCCGGUCGAAAAGAAAGUGCCCUACCCUGUGCCUCAGGAAGUCCAAGUGCCCGUACCUUACCCAGUGGAAAGGCGGAUUCCGGUUCCGGUAGAAAAAAUUGUGGAAAAACCAGUCACAAAGAUAGUCGAGAGACACAUUAAGGUCCCAGUGCCUCACCCCGUGCCGUACCAAGUGCACGUGCCGAAACCGUACCCAGUGGACAGAAUAGUCGAGAAGAAAGUACCCUAUCCAGUCCACAUUGACCACAUUGUGGAGAAAAAAGUACCUGUCCAAGUGCCCUAUCCAGUUAAAACUGUAGUCGAGAAAAUUGUGGAAAAACCAGUCAUCGUCACGAAGUAUGUUGACAAACCAUACCCUGUUGAAAAAAGGGUCCCCUAUCCCGUAGAAGUUCCGGUGGAAGUGAAAGUGCCAUAUCAAGCAGAAAAAGUGCAAAAACCGGAUGUACCUUAUCAAUUUGAGAAGAUAGAUCCGACGAUAUAUUUCGGAUACGGGAACGGCGGGUACACGCAGAACGGAGCGCAUUAUAUAAACUACAUUCCCCUGCACAAAGUGUCCACGCUGCAACAAACAAAUCAAAAUUACCAAACGCAGCAACAGGCGGAAUCGCAGAGAAAUUAUCAAAUACAAAAAGCCAGCGACGAGUACUUGAAGAGUUUGAACAAAAUGCCAGUUUAUACAACAUUGUGGGGCAACCAAUACGCUUCUUCAUACACAUACUUAAACGCUUCGAAUACUAAAAAUCUACCAACAAAUGGUAUUACAAAUGAUCAGAAAUAUGUCGGGCCUCCGCCGAUGAAAGAAUACAAUUUCACUUGGGAAAGAAAUCAGGAUUUCGAUAGGCAAAGACGGACGGACAGGGUUCCUAAGAUGACCAAUUUGAGAAUAGAGUAUGGCGGUUUCAAACCACCUCUAGUACCUAGCACAGAAGUCGAUUUAGAUGGAAACCCGAUAAAUAAGAAGCAGUAAUUAAAAUUUUAAUAAGCGAUUCGCAUUUAACUUAAAUCUUAUAAAGAACUGUUUUUUUAUCGCCAAGUUAAGUGAUUAUUUUAAAGUAUCGCCAAUACUUAUAACACUUCGACUUUUAAAAGCUUUAAUAUAUUAUUAUUUCUAGUAAGUAAUUAGUAGAUAAGUGUAUAACUUAUUUCAAAAUAUUGUACUUUAAGAGAAUACAAACGUGUAUAACAAACUAGAUUUUAAGUUAUCGUAAUGACUUUAUAAUGCUCAAAUAUUAUGUUGUUGAAAAUAAAAUGACAAAAUAAAUA